ACCCCGCCCACUCCAGCCCUGGGUUUGCCUUUGGCUACCGUUUUGUCAUGCAGAAAACUUCCUGAAUGAGAUAUCAACCACAACAGAGGUAGCCGACAAUUUCAUAGCCUUUUUACAGCCAACAAUACCGAAACAACUCUUCUAAUUUUCCAACGUUUCCAACGCUACGGUAGCUACGACGGUUUUGCCUCCAAAGACAGAGCUAGCAACAUAGUUAGCUAAGGACGGAGUUGUUCACCUGCCCAAAGCUGCUAACCUAGCUGGCUAACCCCAACGACACAAAGCUAUUGUUUGUUUCCUUACCUUAUUUAUCUCCGUUUCACCGGCACACCACCUUUCUCCAGUGGUACCUCGCCCUGGAUUUUCCGGCAGAAGCUCGCAGGUCCUUGUCUGCUCCCAUUCUGUCACUCUCUGUGAGUGAUUGAAUGCAGUGAAACCUGCAUUGGUACACACACACACUGACUGGUCAAGGAUGACCAUGGAAGACAUGAAGAAUGAAGCCGAUACCACCGCGAUGGUCUCCAUGGCUCUCUAUACUGUGAUGUACCCAGUCUUUAACCAGCUGGAGAAAGUCAACUUAUCAGCAGCACAGACCUUGCGAGCAGCCUUUAUAAAGGCGGAGAAGGAGAACCCAGGGCUGACCCAGGACAUCAUCAUAAAAAUACUAGAGAAGAAGAACUUAGAAAUCAGCUACACCGAGUCUCUACUUCGAAUGGCUGCAGAUGAUGUUGAAGAGUUCCUGAUUGACAGGCAGGAGGGCGAGUUCCAGGAGCUGAACGAGAGGGCCAGAGCUCUGAAACACAUCCUGAGCACAAUACCUGACGAGAUCAACGACAGAGUACGCUUCCUACAGACCAUCAAAGACAUUGCCAGUGCCAUAAAGGAGUUGCUAGACACAGUCAACACCGUCUUCAGGAAAUACCACUAUCAGAAUAGACGGGCUCUGGAACAGCAGAAGAAAGAGUUUGUGAAAUACUCCAAGAGCUUCAGCGACACUCUCAAAACCUACUUCAAAGAUGGAAAGGCAAUAAACGUGUUUGUCAGCGCCAACCGGCUCACCCACCAAACCAACAUGAUACUGCAGGCCUUCAAGACUGUGGUGUAAAAGCCUAAGAAGACCCGUGCUCUGUGCACACACUUUCUUUUUUUUAAAAUCAUAGAAUAGGUGAUAUGAAGCUUUGUAAUUUGUAAAGACUUUUUUUAUGGGGACGUAUAAUUUAUAAUGCUGUAGCUUUGAUGGGAGAUGAGGUAGUUUGAGGUUCAAAGUGAAUCAGUUUGACAGUAAUUGUCAGAGAAUUUCAAUUCUUUUGUGUUGCUCUUUUAUUGGAUUUCUGCAUUUGUGCUUUUUGAUUCAUUCAUUUAUAUAUUUCCCUUUUUUUUAGUGCUAUAUAAAUCUGGGAAAAGUAUGGCAAAAAUAUGAUAAUUUGUGCUUAAAAGUGUGGGAAUGGUAAGGAAUGUUUGAUAUUAAUAUUAACUGAACUGAUAUUUUUUUAAGUCAAGUCAAGAAAUUUCAGAAAAUGCCCAGAAAAAUCUAUAUCAAAGAAAAAAAUCCACCUGAAAAGAGCUAUAGCCAAUGUGGUCUGCGGUUCUAGUACAUCUUUCACUUUGUUGUUUGGUGGUGUAUUUCUCUUAUUUCUCUGAUUGACUGGCCUAACAUGGAUAGCACAUCACAUCAAGAUAUUUUCAGCGCAGCUACAAUAGAGUAUGAUGAUGAAAAAUCUUUAAGCUUUCCGAAAAUUAGCAGUCUACAUCAGGUUUUGGUGCCAGAGCUUCAGAAUCAGAGAGCAAGGACUUUUUUCAAACCAUUCCAGGGUGUAGUCAUGAUUGGAAACAUGUCACAGUGUUCACAAAUCUGUUGCCUAGCCGUAUUUAUAUGCUCAUACACUUGCCUUUGACUGAAAGCAACAAGUUCACGCCCCUUCUCUGGAGUCUUCUUGGAAAUUUAGAAAAUCAGUAAAGUAGGAGUGGACCUUGCAAGUUCCAAGAAAGUCGGUACAACAAAGUGUACUAUAGUACUUGAUUGCAAAUCAAUGCCUUUCAUGCUCUGGACAUCACAAAUUUAUGAUGUCAGUGUCGGAGUACUUGAGAAUGUUUUCUUUCUCUUUAACUGCUAGCCGUAUAGACAUGAAAAUAGAACUUUAAUUCUUAAGUACAUUAUUAUCAAGAUGGUACAAUUUACAAUUAGAUUAUAAAGAGUUAGAUGCUUUUAGACCAGUUACAUAGCCUGUAUGAAGUUCACCAUAAUGUAUAGGAAUGCAAAUGUCAUUUUAUUUCUUUGCCUUUUUUCUCUGUUUCUCUUUGACUAACUCUCUGAUUUUUAUUCUGGGCCCGUAAAGUGGCCACGGACACAUUCCUUCAAGCAAAUGUAAAUAUAAUACACGGACCUGAGCAUUUCUCUCACACUCUGACUCGGAACAGCGAGACAUGACGAUGUGUGUUGAACAAACGCUUUGGAGUUGCAAAGUGUUCCCAAUAAAUGAGUUUCAAACAUUUGGGAAAGAU